UUGGGGCGGACGUGAGUGAAACGAUCCGUGCAAAGGACCGACCAGAAGAUAUCGCGAAGUUAAAAAAGGGGGAGAGAUAGUGGAAUAAGAAAAAAAAUAAGCGAACAGAUAUACUUUAAUCGCAGAAUUAAAUUAUCGAUCGGAUUGUGGAUUGCGGAGUACACGGCUACCGAGAUAUUGAUAGCAGAGUGACCGGUCCUUGAUUGCACUCACAACUUCCUCCCCGUAGCCCUCGUUUUAUGGUCCGUCAGCUGAUAGUGCAGCUACGCUAUGGUUUGAAACAUUACAGCGAGCAUCGGUAAAAACACUAGGCAAAAUCAAACCACGCGAACCGCCGCAAUGCAUCACAAGCUAGGAUCAAUAGCGGGUCUCACCUUCGACCAGAUGCCCAUCAUGAAUUUGGCCGACGCAAACAAUAACAGCAGCAGUAGCAGCAACAGCAGCACUAGCAGUGUCACCAGCGGCAGCGACGAGAUCGUCAAAAAGGAUGAGAAAUAUUCGCUAAGACAGCGACAGUCGCGCCGAUCGACACCGGCGGCGGCAGCGGUCAAGCAUGAGAAGAAAUCGAUUCCGAAAGAGAAACCCAAACAGAAAGCUGCUCCGUUAAGCAAGUACCGGCGGAAAACGGCCAACGCUAGGGAACGCACCCGGAUGAGGGAGAUCAAUAGUGCGUUUGAAAAUUUGAGAAAAGCGGUUCCGAUCGUGGUGGCAGGAGCCAGCGGGAACUGUUCCCCCGUUAGUUCACCCGGUCAGACCGGAAACAGCGCGUGUGAAAAGUUGACCAAAAUCACCACUCUGCGAAUGGCGAUGAAGUACAUUCGGAUAUUGAACGACAUACUGAACAACACGGACAGCAGUCUGUUGAUGGAUAACAACAAUGACAUGGAUAUGGUGAAUCACAAUGAAAUCGAGAGAGAGGUGAUGCUUAAGGGAGCAAUGCUGAACGAAGCCAUCUUUAGACCGGUGAGUCCAGUGGCUGUGAAGCGAUCCCCCGGGAAGUCAAGUUCUACGGCUGCUAAGCGAAAAUCAAAGAAACCCACCAAAUCGGCAUCCAACCGAAAGAGCACUUCCAACCGUUCCAAACAAAUCGUGAACAAACUGGACGAUCUGGCUCCGAGUUUAGAUACGCGAAAUCAGCUAGUGGAUCUUGGUAUGAUGCUGGACUCUGACAAUGAUUCGUUAAACCUGUCCGAGCCCUGUAUGAGCCCGCUGCAGUCCCACGGUGGACUUAAGCAAACGUUCAACAGUUGUAACGCUAACACUCCGAACGAACUGGAGUUUGGUUUGUUCCUGGAAUCGGACGCCGAUUCGCUCCAGCUGUCGGAACCGUGCCUCAGUCCGCUCAGCCAUCUGGACUCGCUGAACCCCUUCAACGACCUGCUGCACACCGGGUUCAAUGAACAGGCCGCCCUUGAACUGUACUUAUAACACACUUUCCCGUCCUGAAGUGACUCUAACAACGCUUAGAUAGUGCAAAAUUCUUAUGUAAAUGAUAGCGAUUUCGAUGUGAAUAGUUUAAAAGUUUCAAUAAGUUUAACAACAAAUACCCGUGAUAGAAGUGACGAUUCCUCCUACUACUAUUACUACUCGUUAGACAUUAUAUAGAUAGUCUAAGGCAGAAUUCAAUGAUCCUGUUAUUUAUUCUCAACGUGUCAUAUUAGCUAAGUGGUACAAAACAGUCCCUCACCUGUCAGUGCGCGUUCAUGGCUGAAACCACACAACGCAUUCCAUUAAAAUAGGGUUAGAGAAAAUCAGCAGAACAAUCAUCAGCCAGUCGUUGGAAACUGUUGCCAUACUAGUUGAGUAGUUGGAUAGUCAAUCUGAUUAAUGCACGCGAUCCUUUUAGCCCCCCAUCGUCGGAGCAGAACACAAAUCGUGUUAUUAUAUAUUAGUUUAGAGAUUGCUACCGAUUCGCGGGUCUGCCGAGUGUGGAGAAAAAAUGGAAUAUUUUAGCUACCCUUCCCAUGUUCAAAUCAUUGUCUAAAGAGCCGUAACCGUUUUUCAUUGCAAUCGUUAAUUUGCUCUCAAUUUCCCCCAUUGUUUCCAAUUCUCGCAAUAAGCGGGAGAAAACCCCGCCCACAUGCCACUACAUUGGCAACGGUGCUGUGGGGCUAAGGUGGUUUAGGAAAAGUCAUGCGCAGUAGCACUUUUGACGAAAGGUGGGAGACCACUCGAAUGAGCACCGCGCCGCCCAACACCACGUCGCUGCGCACUGGGGAGAACUCAAUCGCAAUGUAGGUACUACUGACCGACGAACCGAACCGUGUCGAGUAGAUUGUGGGGAUGUGGGGGUGGCUAGAGCGUUCUUUUUUCGUCGUUAUUAUUGUUUGCUAGCGUUCGGUGCAGCGCGAAUUGUGCAACCGACCGCGCAUUUCAUGUUCUCAGCUCUCUGCUGUGCGGUGGUUGGCGGCUACUGGUAUGCCUGGGAAAUAUACAAUUGACUUGUACGGUUUAGGUUAGCUUAGGUUUGCCUUCGAAUGCGGAAAACGGUUGGACGUCGGUGCCGAUCAGGGCAACUCGAUAGCGAAAUGUCAUGCGGUGUGAAAAACAAAAGAAUGGGGGCACAUUAGGGUUGACAUUUUGGCCAACGACGACGAUAGACGACGCGUGGAACUGUUUGUAUGCAAAUGAGAGCUACUGGCAGGCCACAAUUGUGCAGGUGGGUUUGAGAAGUCGUAUGUGAAAAAAUUCAAUUAAAUUAUUUCUCAUUCUGGCAUCGUAUGUCAAACAUUUGUAAUGUAACCGGAAGAUUUAUUAUGACGACUCGCGUAAAUGGACCUGAGAAUUAAUUUUGCUUCGGAAUGUUUCCUGCUCACAAUAUUUUCUUAACCGAUUACGAUUUCCGAUUGGGUUGAUUCUAUUAAUGUUUCAAUUUAUUUUGUAAUUAGAAAUUCAAAUGUACAAACAACAGAGAAACAACAGCGGACUAAUUAUUUGUAAUUGUGUUAGACCUUGCAGAAGGGGGCGGAAGACUAAUUUUAUAAUAAAAAUGGUUACCAUGAUAUGUCCCAAAGUGGAUUAUUUCAGAGUUUAUCAAUCUUUAAAGAUUUAUGGGACAAUUAUCUGUAGUGUUGUGCUUAUAGAAGAACACACAAAAAAUAAUGAAAUUUAACCGUUGUGUGUCCGACGCGGUACCCGGGUACCUUUUUAGGUUUCAAUUAAUAAAAUUUCAAUGUUUUAUCCAUAGUUGGAAAUUGAAACUUUGUGACAUCUUAGAACUUCACUAAGUCAAGCUUUUGGGUUAAUAAUAUUGUAGAUAUAGUAAGGGGGAGUGAGGAGAGGCUCCUGAUUUUUUUUAUUACGUUACAGGCCGACGUGGCUACCCGGGUACCCACAAAACUGAAAUGCCAAUAACUAAGGUAAUUUCCAACCGAUUUUGAUACUUUUAGGUGUUUUGAAUUCAGGAACUCAUCCACUUUUAGACUUGGUAAAAAUGAAUCGGGUUACUUCAUUCCGUUCCGAGGAAUCCGGAUUUCCGAAAGCAUGUUCCAGUGCUGGAAUACUAUUUGUGAAUUUCAAUGGAAUACCGGCAAUAUGGGUAUCGAAAUUUUUGGAAUUGCAUCAGUAGGUUGUACCUCGUGGUUUUGGAACCUUUUGGUGAUUUGACCCCGGAACGGACAUUCCGGAGCAGGUUCCCGUGGGGCCGUGAGUGGCCAUUCCAUUCCAAUUCCAUUUUUCAAAUUGCCAUAGGGUCCCGUGACAAUAAAUAACAUACUUCCGAGACAAUUUGAAGAGUUUUGAUACUCAUAUUGCUAGGACAAUAUCAAAAUUUGCAAAUCAUGCACCAAUACUGGAACAUUACUCCGGAAAAUCCGGAUUACCAAGAACCAGAUCCAUUCAUCCGGUUCAAUUUUAC